ACUCACGUUCGGUGUUCUAAAUUUUACGGCUUGUGCGUCUGGGUUCAGGUUAUGAUAUUUCAAUAUGGAUGUGUUGCAUUCCGAACUUUUCCGAAACAGUAACUUCGACAACGUCAUCGUCAAAUCCACUGCAACUGGAAGCCAAAUUCUCAGAACGAACGUCAGCAGCGAAGCAGAGCUUGCUCUGUGGAAAGAGCUGUACUGCCGCGCAUCAAAAACUUCACUCAACGUAAUUUACUCACGAAACCCUGUCGGUGAACGCAUAUUUUUUAGCCAAAAACUGCUGUGCCAAUUUGGAGAUAAAAGACACAAGGGAGUGAAGAAGCACAACACAGGAUGCUCCUUCAGGAUGCAUAUCCAGAUCAAGAAAGCGAGUACGCGGAAGAGGAAGGACGACAAACUGCUCGACACUCAUCCAUGUAUCAUCGUCGUGACUGGAGAGCACAACCAUGCAGCGUGUGCAAAGGCGCUGAAAGAGCUUCGAGUGCUCCCUGAGGUGGAAAAGGAGUUCUUUGAAUACUUUCACCGAGGCAUGGGCGCAGCAGAGGCGCAGCGGUACCAUCGCCUGAAGCUCGAUCUGGGGUCGGAGUUCUGGAUGGAGCACGCCCGCGCCGAUACCAACCCGACGCUCCGAUCCGUACAGUACAUGCGAGAGAAGUGGGCCAAAGCAACUGUUGGAGGCUACAACGACGAAGACAUGUUCGACGCGCUAAAAAGGUACGCAGCUACCACUAAAAGCGUGAUCGAGGUUGAGAGAAGCAGCUCGGGCUCAUUCUGCGUGGCUCUGGUGACGCCGUUCAUGAAGCGCGUCCAUGCCCUCCGAGAGGCUGGAGAGGUGGUGUUUGUUGACGCCACAGCUUCUGUCGAUCGUCUAAACACCGCGGUCUUGCCGCUGCUCUGCUGCAGCCCUGCUGGAGCCCUGCCUUUGGGAGUGGUGUUCUCCUCAUCUCAAGACGAGGCUCAACUGACAACAGGCUUCCAGCUCCUCCAGAAAGCUGUCGGCAGUGGAGCCUUCAAUGGACGAGGGCAUCCUUCCGCUUUCAUCACGGACAACUGCGAUGCUGAACGAAGGGCACUGCGGACCGUCUGGCCUGAAGCCGAACAGUUCCUCUGCGUUUUUCAUGUACUGCAGCAGGUCUGGAGGUGGCUCCUAGACAGCAAACACGGCGUCCCGAAGGACAAACGACAGGAACUGAUGCGCAUCAUGCAGAAACUGGUGUAUGCGGAAAGCCCAGAACGCUUUCAGGCUCUCCUGGCUGCAGAAGACAUAACCCAUGAAGGUUUCGCCAGGUACAUGGAGGGCCUCAUCGAAAGGCGCGCUGAAUGGGCGAUCGCGUACCGCCAAGGAUCCGCACUUCGAGGGAACCACACGAACAACUAUGCGGAGGCCACGAUGUGCAUCAUCAAAGACAUCGUCAUGAACAGGUAAU